AUGAUAACUUACGGAAGUUCCUUGUUGGUGCUUUUUUAUGCACUCUACCAAAAUGUUUCCUCUGGAAUACACAUAAAUGGGGAAAGGAGAAUAAGUAACCACAGAGAGCCCGAAGAGUUUAACGUAGAUGAUAUCAAUUCGUGGAUGAAGUUAGACGAUGCAAAUUUUUUAAACACAUGGACGAAAAAUGUGUCAGAUAUAUCCUUCUUGGAAACUAAAUCCAUCAAAGAAAUGGAUAGUUCGAACGAAGAUCUGUCCGGUUCCAAAUCAGAAAAAGCGUCCUAUGGAGAUUGGAACUUCAUGGCCAACCAGAACGAAGAGGGAAAACCGGGCAAACCCAAAUCGAACUCCGGAGAAUCGAGCAGGAGCUCUUCCGACGGAAAAUCGAGAUAUUCAGCGAAAUCGGGAUCCAAAUCUAGAGGCAGCUCAUAUUCAGACUAUUCGGCCUAUGACAGUGACAUGUCAUCCACUAUAGGCAACAAAGAGUUCCAAAAAGAAAUGUAUGAUAUUGCAUAUAAUCAUCCCAUGGAUAAGUUGACUAAAGAAAUGGACAUUUUGAAAAAUGAAUACAUAAAAGUGAAGGAAGAAGAAGGAAAAACCUUGGAUGAGGAACAUAAAGCGAUUGAGGAGGCGAGAAAGGAAGAGCGAUUAAAAAUGUUGGCAGACAGCAACGAGGAAGAAAGCAAGGAUGAUGAUGACGUGAAUUUUAUAAAACGUGAUUAUACAGAUACUCAAAUUAAGAGUGGAUUCAAAGAAUUCCUCAAAAAUUUAAACCCAUUUAAAAAACCAAUCGAACCGAUGAAAAAGGAAAUAUCAUUGAUUACCUAUACUCCUGAAAAAGUGUUAAACAAGGAAAAAACCAUGAGGGAUUUAGGCAUAUCUCAUAAAUAUGAACCCUACCAAGAGAGUAUUCUUUACACCUGCCCAAACAGUAUCUUUUUCUUUGACAACAUGGAAAACUUACGAAAAGAAUUAGAAAAGAAUCAAGAAAAGGAAGCCACUACUAACAGAAUCUUCGAUCAUAAUAAAGAAUGCCUGAAAACUUUCGGAUUAUUCGACUUCGAAUUACCAGACAAUAAAACACCAUUCGGAAAUGUGAUUGGUUCCAUUGGUGACUAUCACGUCAGAUUGUACGAAAUUGAAAAUGAUUUGAUAAAAUAUCAACCCAGUUUAGAUUAUUUGACCCUCGCAGAUGAUUACAAGUUGGUAAAAAAUGAUGUAAAUACUUUAGAAAAUGUCAAUUUCUGUUUAUUAAAUCCAAAAACGUUGGAAACUUUUCUCAAAAAAAAUCAAAUCAAAGAACUUAUGGGAGGAGAAGAUCCUGUUGUGUAUGAAGAGAAAUUUACAAAAUAUAUGACUGAGUCUAUCGAUUGUCACCUCGAAUCUUUGAUAUAUGAAGAUCUGGAUUCAUCACAGGAUACUAAAAUUGUCCUAAAAAAUGUGAAAUCCAAAUUAUAUUUGCUUCAAAAUGGAUUGACUUACAAAAGCAAAAAAUUAGUUAACAAACUAUUUAAUGAAAUUCAGAAAAAUCCAGAGCCCAUUUUCGAAAAACUCACAUGGAUCUAUGAAAAUAUGUACCACUUAAAGAGAGACUACACCUUUUUCGCAUUCAAAACUGUUUGUGAUAGAUAUGUUUCCCAGUAUAGUAUCUACCAAUCCCUCCAAGGAAUGACUUCCUAUAUUACGGAAUAUACUCGACUUUACGGGGCCUGCUUUAAAAAUAUAACCAUUUACAAUGCAGUCAUAUCAGGCAUACACGAACAGAUUAAAAAUUUAAUGAAAUUAAUGCCAAGGAGUGGUAUGCUCACCGAUGUUCACUUCGAAGCGUUACUACACAAGGAGCAAAAGAAAAUCACAAAAACGGAUUAUGUGCUAAAUGAUUACGAUCCUAGUGUCAAAGCUUAUGCCCUUACCCAAGUGGAAAGACUACCUAUGGUUAGCGUCAUUAACAGUUUUUUCGAGGCAAAGAAAAAAGCACUAUCAAAAAUGAUUGCUCAGAUGAAAUUAGAUUUAUUUUCACUAACAGAUGAAGACCUUAAGAUCCCAAAGGACAAUGGGGCCACUUCCAAGUUGACUGCCAAACUUAUCAGUAUAUACAAAGGGGAAAUUAAAGCUUUCUUCAGGGAAAUGCGUAAUGAUUAUGUUUUCCUCCUAAAGACACGCUACAGGGGUCACUACAAAAAGAACUAUUUGCUCUACAAGCGACUGGAGUAA